AUGCCGUACAAAAAGGUCCGCACUGGUUGUCGCACGUGCAAAGUGCGCAAGCUGAAAUGCGACGAAACGAAACCUGCUUGCUUGAGGUGUGCUCGAGCCAGAUUCAAAUGCGAAGGCUAUUCGAUCUUCGUGCCUCUCUGCGAACAGCGAGUGGUGAGGAACAGCGAGGCCUUGUCCAAACAGCUACGACCAGUUGACAGUGUUAUCUUCUACCGAACUCUGAGGCGUAUGGUGGAAUUGGACGAGGUUGACCACAUUGCCUACGACUUCUGCCGGCGGAGCACCGUGCACGAACUCUCAGCUCGCAAUAAGUUCUGGACGUGUACGGUUUUGGCCAGCGCUGAACAGGAGCCUGCUAUUCUUCAUGCGCUGCUGGCCCUGACGGCUGCUCACAAGGCUCGCACAGAGCAGAUUCAAGGCGUGGUUUCCCGGGUCGACCACGACAAUCAUGCUCUUGUCACCAGCCAUUACUACAAAGCUGUCCAGCUCCUUCGCAGGCACUUGCUCGAUCAUCGAAAGCAACAUGCAGAAUACGUGCUCAUCGGGUGUUUGAUUCUCCUCGGCUGCGAUCUCCUGCAGGGUCGCUAUCGGGAAGCACUCAUUCACCUUCAAAAUGGCCGCCACAUCCUCCAAUCAUCCCGCCCAGGAGCGACCACAAGCUUGUCCAUCAAAGCUCAACCUGUCAGUACGCUCGAUCAGCUCGCGCUCGAAUUUGCAUCCCUCGAUAUCCAGUCCGUCAAUUUUGGGAGUUCCAAGCCUCAUUUUGAACUGGUUGACAACCCCUCUUCACCACGUGGGCUAAGUCUACUCGAAGCUUUUGACGGUCUAGAGGAUGCCGAGAGGUUCCUAUUGAUCCUCCACAACAGCUUCUACCAAUUCACUUCCUCCCAUACAGAUCCGGGGAGCAAUGCGUUCUGGAGCAACACAAAAUCCCCUGAAGCCAUCUUGGAGCAAGAACGCCUACUAUGUGAACUCAGACACUGGAAGCACAUCUUUGACAAAAGUGCGCUCAGACCCUUGAAAGCGUUGGGACCGUCCUCUGGUCAUUCGGAAGCGCAUUCUCGAUACUCUGCAUGUCGAUUGAUGCAUUCUUACCUCACAGUCGUCACGAAAACUGCCCUCGAUAUCGGCAAUGAGGCGGUGUUUGAUGUUCUACUGCCACAGUUCUCCACCAUGAUCACCAUUUGUGAGGAGCUCGUAUCAACGUCGCCUAAGAUCACACUGGACAUAGGCAUCAUUCAACCCCUCUUCGUCAUUGGCUGCUUUUGUCGGCACCCUGAUCUACGGAGACGCUGUUUACAGGUCCUGAACAAAUGUGGAGUAGAGGGGCAUUGGGACGCGAGGCUGGUCAAGUUACUUACGCUAAGGCGGAUGCAGGUCGAAGAGGAGGAGGCUGGCUACUCUUACAACGCUGACGAACCCAUGCCUGAGGAUCCUGAGCUGCUCUCGAAGACUUUUCCCAGCCACGCGCGAUACACCUUGUCAUUCGCUCUCUUCCGGGACCCUGAGUACCGCCAGGUCGAGGUCCAACUGCUGCGCAAAGGCUACGCUAUCGAGACUCCCACAAUGGGCGAGCCAAAGUUCGAGGUCAAUAAAAUGACGGUUGAUUGGCCGCCAGCUGAAUAA